GUUCAAUGAAGCUUUAGAUGGUGUGGUAUUGACCUAUGAACCAAAGUUUAGUAGCAAUUUGGCUAAGAUUCUUCCAGGAAUUCACCCUUAUUUUGGUGUCAGAUUUGAAGCAAAAUUGCUGCUUUUUUAUCCCAAGCCAGAAAUGCCAUUAGAAGGUGAGGUCGUCAAAGUUGGCCAGCAGUCUAUUCACAUGAUUGUUCUUGGUUUUGCUUCUGCCUUCAUAGCAGAUGAAGACAUUCGAGAAGAUUUUCAGUAUAAAAUUAAACAUGGGAAAGAAGUUUAUAUCAGCAGAUCUGACAAGAAACAUAGGAUCGAAGUUGGAACUACUCUACGAUUCUCAGUCAAGAGUUUUGAUGAAGAGAUGUUGCAUGUAUGUGGGUCAUUAAUUCCAACUAACACGGGAAGUGUUCAAUGGUUGGAGAGGAAGGCAGAAGAGUCUCAAGCUGACAGUGUUACUGAAAAGAGCAUAAGCAACAAAAGGCCUGUUGAAGUGCUUGAGACUGAUAACUUAGUGCCCUACUCGGAAAAAUUGAAAUCCGAAAAUCAUAUCAAGAAAUCGAGAAGAUCUAAAAACAGAGAUAGCUGAAUGUGCUAAUUGUAUGCAUACAUCAAGACAAUUUUUUGAUAAGAAGAUGAAUGCCAAAAACUACGGAGAAUUGGUUAACAGCUUGGAUGCAAGGUGAUAUACUCUGGUUUGUGAAGAACGGACUGGUAAAUAUGGUUGCAGAUGGCCACAAGUAUACUGGUCUGUUGUUGUCACUGCCCUUGAUGGGCAAAGAUAGUAUAGGAGGAGAUAAAAUGUUAAUUUGCACUAUCUAUAUCAAUGUAAUCUUCCGAUCAAAUUUAUGCUGCCAAUAGCUGUUGCAUUCAUUUUCUUGUUCUAAAUUUUGCUCAAUUAAUUGAUGAGUGAUGAUUGGUUCAUUAAUUAAAUGUC